ACAGAAUGCAGGCUUGUGAAGUCGCUGCACUGAUAUUGCUGACUGUAGUGAGCUGCUCCAGACAGUAUGAAGAGCUGCCCCAGACUACACUCACCCUGGAGCCUCCAUUCCCAGAGAUAUUCACCGGGGAGACAGUCACUCUGAGGUGUGGGGUUGAGGGGGGUUCUGCUGGCUGGAAAUAUCUCUGGUACAAAGACAGUGAGGACACUCCAGUGCUCCAGACUGCUGGACGCAGUAUAACUGGUGACAGCUACACAAUCACUGCAGCUGCUGUAUCUGACCAGGGCCAGUACUGCUGUCGAGGACAAAGAGGAGAUCAACCACUCUACUCACAGCUCAGUGAUAAAGUGACAGUAACUGUGUCUGAGGGUCAUCCUCAGGCUGUCCUGACCCUGCAGCCUGCCUGGUCACAGAUAUUCACAGGAGAGACAGUCAUCCUGAGCUGUGAGGUGGAGGGGGGCUCUGCUGACUGGAGGUUUAAACAGUACAGAGAUGGACAUGAAGAGGAAAGGUGCAGUGAUCAAUACAGGAGUAGAUAUGGGGACAGCUGCCCUAUCAGUUACUCUCAGCAUUACCACAGUGUGAGUCUGCAUCAGGACAGGAGCGCAGUAAUGCUGUCAACCUAACUGUGUCAUGUAAGUAAAAUUCUAGAUAAUAUUCAGACCCUGUUGAAUACUCCUGCACUCGGAUUGGCUGAGAGGGUAUUGUAAGCUACUGACCGGCUUGCUGAUUUGAGUAAAGCUGUCUCUGGUCUCUGAAUUGUUGCUGCUCACAUUGCUGUUUUCAAGUAGCAGCUGUGUAAGAGCAGUAUCGCAGCGUGGUGGU